AUGACUAAAAAACAAGUAUCAAAACAAGAUCAAACAAUUGAUGAAAAAUCAAUAGUGAAAGAAGAUGUUAGUAAGAACGUUGAAUCAAAGCAACCCAAUCCAAGUGAUCGUGAGAAAAAGAAGCAAAAUUUUAUAGUUCGUGCAAUUUGGACAAUUGUCAUGUUUUUAGGUUUCAUCACUGUGCUUUCACUUGGUCAUUUAUGGAUGGUGUUAUUAAUUUUUGUUUUCCAAAUUUUGGUAUUCAAAGAAUGUAUUGCAGUUGCUUCAAAAUCUUCACAAGAAAAAAACUUACCAUUAACAAAAUCAUUAAAUUGGUAUUUCUUAUUUACAACUAUUUAUUAUCUUGAUGGUGAAUCAUUUAUUCAUUCAUUUAAUCAUUUAAUUUUCACAAAUAAGAUCCUUACACCUUUAGCAACUCAUCAUAAAUUUUUAAGUUAUUUCUUUUAUAUCUUUGGAUUUGUUUUCUUUGUUAUUACAUUACAAAAAGGUCAUUAUAAAUUUCAAUUUUCUCAAUUAUGUAUCACCCACAUGGUUCUUUUAUUAGUUGUUUUCCAAGCUCAUUUAAUAAUUAAUAAUAUUUUCAAUGGUAUGAUUUGGUUCUUAUUACCAGUUUUACUGGUCAUUACAAAUGAUAUCUUUGCAUAUCUUUGUGGUAUUACAUUUGGUAAAACUCAAUUAAUUGCCAUUUCUCCAAAGAAAACAGUUGAAGGUUUUGUUGGUGCAUGGAUCUUCACAUCAAUUGUUGGUAUUCUUUUAGCAAAAUUAUUAACAAAUUAUGAUUAUUUAAUUUGUCCAGUUACAGAUUUAAGAGAAAAUAUUUUUUCACAUGUUUCUUGUGAACGUAAUCCAAUUUUUGUUGCACAAGAUUUUAGAAUUCCACCAAUUAUUUCUGAAAAUAUUGGAUUCACAACAUUAACUAUAAGACCAAUUUAUUUCCAUUCAUUGAAUUUAGCAUCUUUUGCAUCAUUAAUUGCUCCAUUUGGUGGAUUCUUUGCAAGUGGAUUGAAGAGAACUUUUAAUGCAAAAGAUUUCGGUCAUACAAUUCCAGGUCAUGGUGGUAUUACUGAUAGAAUUGAUUGUCAAUUCUUGAUGGGAUCAUUUGCUUAUUUAUAUUAUGAAACAUUCCUAAGUACAAAUAGAAUAAAUGUUGGUUCAAUCUUACAAAUGAUUGUUACUAAUAUGGAACCAAAGGAUAUUAUACAAUUGAUUGACAAGUUGCACUUGUACUUGUUCAAUACUGGUAUUAUCGAUGAAGCCACUUAUAAUUCAUUGGCUAAAUUGAUAUAA